CGGUGACAGCGUAGCAGCCUCUGGAAGCUAGGUGUGGAAAAAAGAGAAAGAGAAAGAAGAAAACAGCUUUAAGUUGACAUUUCUUUUAUUAACGUUCCCAGAAAAUGCAGUCAGACACCUUAUUACAUAUCGCAAAUUUCACCACGCUGUUUGUUUGCAUGGUGCUGAAGUUCCCGCAGAUUUUUGUACUGAUGCGAGCGAAAAGUACGAAAGGAGUCAGCCUCAACAGUCUUCUCCUGGAGCUCAUCGGGUUCAUCGUUUUUGUAACUUACCAGAUGUACUAUGACUACCCACCUCCAACAUACCUGGAAUAUCCCAUCCUUAUUGCUCAAGAUGUCAUUCUCCUGCUACUGAUUCUUCACUACAACGGCAGCCUGCGGCUGAGCCUCAUCUACGCCGCCUUGUUUGUCGGAGGCUGGAGGCUCCUCACCGUGGAGAGGUGGAUCAUAGACCUGGCAAUGAGCCUGUGCACAUUCAUUAGUGCCACCAGUAAGCUUGCUCAGCUGCAGUGUCUGUGGAGGUCAAAGGAUGCCGGACAGGUCAGCGCCCUCUCCUGGGCCAUGGCUACUUACACAUGUAUAGCACGGAUCUACACCACCACAGUGACAACAGGAGACAUGCAGGUGCUGGUGCGCUUCAUCGCGAUGACCCUGCUGAACAUGUGGGUGCUGUUCACCGUGAUCUACUACCAGAAACGCAGCAGCAGCUUAAAGAAAGACGAAUAAAUAAAGUCAGAGGGAACAGGACAAUCGAUAAAACUGAUGGGAAACAGUAGUUACAUCAUCAGAUGUUGAAUUACUGAGACUUUUAAAGUUUUUAUGUCUUUUUAACUUUGUAUUUAAUCCAAACAUUUCUAACUGUAACAUUCCAAGAUGUAAAAAUCUCUCCGAUGAUUUUUCCUACAUUAUGCGAAAGAAUUUAGCCAAUUAUAUCCCAGAUCUUCUAGCUUAAGAUGACCUCUGAACAGCUUUUAUACUGAAGAAAUAAUCUUAAUAAACCAAACAUUUCACCUUCUUA